UCUGAGAACAAUUUGACUUGUCAUUACUACUCUUUUUUCUGUUUCUCCAUUACUGCUUCACUUGGAAAAACAGAAACCCAAAAACCCUCAUUCUUUCUUCAUUUUUCAAAAUCCUUUGACCUUUCCUGCAAAAUUCACUCUCCAAUUUUGAACAAAAUGGGUCGGAAACCCCGAGCAUCAAAGGCGGGACUCAUCUAUCAGAGACUUUUUAACUUAGACGCCUUACCUGAUAAACCACUGCCUGAAAAUUUUCAACCAACAUCAGCACCUAAAUCUGUGCCUGAAGGGCAAACAAUUACAGCUGAAGGCACUCAUCUUUCUGACACCUCACGUAUUUUUAAGAGAAGGUUGAACUCUCCUACUGCCAUGAUUAGAAGAUCUCCGCGGAUCCAAAGCACAUGUGGUAAUCAAGCAAUACAACCUAUUAUUGAAGAGAUAAUCAUCAGUGGAAGUCCGAACAAUGAUGGGCCAAUGCUACAUGAAGACAACAAAUUCACUGAGGAAGCAUCUGAUGAAACUGGAAGGUCUUCUAAGAAGGAUGAUGCUGGUGCCGCAGAAGUUAAGUACAAAGCCAUGUACAUAUCAUCCCAAAAAAAGAUUGAGGCUCUAAUGGAGGAGAAUAAGCAGUUGAGUAAUGCCUUGGAGCUUGCCAAUGGAAAGAUCCAUCUGCAUGAGAAGCAGAGCAAUGCGUAUUCAGAAGUUAUGGCUAUAAUUGGAAGUUUAUCUAGAGUCAACGAAAAUCUUGCUGCUCGAGUGAACCUGGGUGCUUCUGAUGAUAAUGAAAUAUCCGGAGAAAGGACCUCUAAGAAGAAGAAGAAGAAUGACAUGUGUAACAACGGUCUCACUGAAGAUCUCUGAAAGUUGGACUGCGAUAACAUGUUCUGUUCAACUCACAUCCUAUGUUACUUUUGAUGGUGACACCUGGGUAAAUUUUUUUGUGCAGCUCUACUAAAUUACCCGGCGAUUCCUUGUAAUGACUGUUUAUGCUAUAUAUGUAAUGACUAUAAUAACUAUUAGGCUAUAGACAUGUUGAAUACUUCAAAGGCAGCUCAUAUUAUUAACAAAGGCGGAUUCAUUUCUAA